UUUUUUUUUUUUUUUUAAGGCCACCGUGUCCUAACACUGAAGGCAGAAGUCAUUAGACUCGAGGCGGCGGCGAGGAGCAGCAGCGAUGGACGACGUCUACAAAGCAGCCGUUGAGAACUUGACUGAGGAGCAGAAGAAUGAAUUCAAAGCGGCCUUCGACGUCUUCGUCCAAGAUGCGGAGGACGGCUGCAUCAGCACCAAGGAGUUGGGGAAGGUGAUGAGGAUGCUGGGACAAAACCCCACCCCCGAAGAGCUGCAGGAGAUGAUCGACGAGGUGGACGAAGACGGUAUGUUGGCAAACAUUGUGGAGUCGGGGACCGUGGACUUUGAUGAGUUCCUGGUGAUGAUGGUGCGCUGCAUGAAGGAGGAGAGCAAAGGAACAGAAGAGGAGCUGGCCGAACUUUUCCGCAUGUUUGACAAGAAUGGCGAUGGUUACAUAGACCUGGAGGAGCUGAAGUCCAUGCUGGAUUCCACCGGGGAAACCAUCACUGAAGACGACAUCGAGGAGCUGAUGAAGGACGGCGACAAAAACAAUGACGGAAAAAUAGAUUAUGACGAGUUCCUGGAGUUCAUGAAAGGUGUUGAAUAAAAAUGAUUUAGACCAAGGACUUUCUUCCCCUCGCUGAGUCACCUCCUCCAUGUUUACCCUGCACCUCCUCAGUCAGGCUGCCAUCAUUUACCUAACACUAAGACAAAAUAAGAAAUAAAACCCUUUUCUAAACAUC